GGUGGCGUACCGACGGAAGGAGGGAUGCGCCGACCGCGGAAUUUUUGAAAGUCACAUGAGCCAAAAAGCGAUAAAAAUGAAGUUUGCGUUUCUCGUCUUCACAACAUCCAUCAUGACUGUCAUGGCUGAUGUCGUGACUGAAUUGUGGAAUCAGUACCCGGAUUCGAAUGGAAACUACAUUGUUCCGUACCAGUUCGCAGGCACCUACAGCCCUGAAGAGCGUUCGACGAUCUUGGCAGCUAUGCAAAAAAUUGUUGCCAAUACUUGUGUUCAAUUCAAAGAACGUACGGAUGAGGAUCAGUAUGUCGAGAUUACCAACGAGGAAUCGGCAGGGUGCGGUGCAAACGUGGGAAGAGUCUCAGGAAAAACGGCUGUUUACCUUGAGUCGAGCUGUAUGGACGCAAAAACUGUCAUGAUAAUGCUUCUGCACGCUUUGGGACUGAGUGGCGAGCAUCAACGAGAAGAUAGAGAUGACUACGUCAAAAUGCAUUUCGAGAACAUGAUAGAUCCAAAGACGAACGCCUUCCUCGCCAUAGCCGAAUCAACGCAAAAGUAUCUCAGCGUGCCUUACGACUACCUUUCUAUAAUGCAUGAUGCAAAGGAUGCUUAUGCAAAACCAGGCACGAUUACCAUUGAAACAGUCGAUCCUGCCUUUGAGGACAAGAUUGGGAAGCAAACUGAGCCGUCUGCUCGCGACUACGAGAAGGUCAAUUUGCUUUACCAGUGCAGCAAACCCUGAGUCAGUACGUUAGCAAUGGUUUUGCUUUACGAAUAAAAGAUUGAAAAUUCA